AUGUCCGAAGACCUCCGCGAUGAGGUUGAAGCUCUCAACUCCAUCUACGGCGAGGGCUGCCUCUGCCCCUCCGAGGACCAAGACGCAUCCUCCUCAUCGACGACGUACAUCCUCCAGCUGCCCGGCGAAGAAGCCUCGUCACUGAGGCUGCAGUUCCCCAACUCGUACCCGGCGGAGCCGCCGACGGUGCUGGGCACGCAGCACAGCUCGGGGGGCAAGAAGGGCGCCGGAGCGCGGGACCUGGGCUUGUUCCGGGAGGCCCUGGGGACGGUGUUCCAGCCGGGCGCCGUGUGCUUGUUUGAUGCGGUGGAGGAGUUUGUGAGGAGGAUUGAGGAGGAGAAGGAGCGGGAGAAUUUAGUACUUCAGCAGCAACAGGAAGAACAACAUGAAGAGGAUGGUGGUGGUGGUGGUGAAGAAGGGGUGAAUGCGACUCGAGGCGAGAGGAGGACGCUCACCAGCGCCGCCGCCGCCGAGCAGAUCGAUUUCGCCUCCAUGGAGCCUCCCCCGUGGACCGUGUCGGACGUGGUCGUGGAGAACAAGUCGACCUUUGUGGCGCACGUGGCGCGCGUCUCUUCGCCGACGCAGGCGAAGCUCUUCCUGCAGCACCUGCUCUGGUCGGACCGUCGGGUCCGGGCGGCGACGCACAACAUCAGCGCGUGGAGGAUCCGCGGCGCCGGGGCGACGAGCUACUCUGAUUGCGACGACGACGGGGAGGACGCGGCCGGGUCGAGGCUGUUGCAUCUGCUGCAGCUGAUGGAGGCGUGGGAUGUCAUGGUUGUGGUGAGUCGGUGGUACGGCGGAGUGAAGCUGGGGCCGAGGAGGUUUGCGUUGAUUAAUGGCGUUGCGAGGGAUGGGCUUGUGAGGGCUGGGUUGGGGGAGGGGAGGGACAAGAAGGAUGAUAAGGGGGGGAAGAAGGGGAAGUGA